CAUAGCAGAAGUUCAGUGUACACAGAUGAGCCCUGUUCCAAACGUGUCUUUUACCAAGAGUAUUUUUGUAAGAAAAUUUUCAUGAAACGUACGCCAAUGGAGCCAAUGAAGUUUGUUUCCAUGGCAGCACUUUGGCCUGAAAACAGUACUACAUCCCUGCCAUCACAGUCUCCAGUCUCUGCAGAAUGGGAGAUCAUGCACACUGUCAUUCCCCCAUACAUCUUCAUCUUAUGCCUGUUAGGCCUUCUCUUUAACAGCUUCGUUCUGGGGGUGUUCAUAGUUCACAAGGAUCAACUGACUGUAGCAGAAAUCUACCUGAGCAACCUUGCACUGGCUGACUUUAUUCUCCUGUGUGGCCUCCCCUUCUGGGCGAUGUACAUCCUCAACAACUUUAACUGGCCGUAUGGAGAUACCUUAUGCAAACUGGUCAACUCCAUCAUCAUCAUCAUCAAUUUCUACACCAGCAUCUACACCCUUGUUAUGAUUAGCGUUGACCGCUACCUAGCACUUGUGAAGACCAUGAAGGCCAGGUGGCUGAGACGGACACUUUAUGCCAAGGUGACCUGUUUCAUCCUGUGGAUAUUAGGGCUCCUACUGAGUAUGCCAACCAUAGUUCACAGAAAGGUUAAGUUCAUUAUGGAGUACAAGACAAUGUCCUGUAUUCUGGAUUACUCCCACUCUUGGAAGUUGGCCCAUCAGAUUCUGAUGAACGUAAUGGGCUUUGCACUCCCUGUUCUGGUCAUUGUUUUCAGCAGUGCGAACAUAAUCAAGGCUUUAGCUCAGAGGAAGGAAAGUGUAGGUUUUCAUGACACUAAUGACAAAAAGGCCACAGUAUUGGUGUAUGCUGUCACACUAGUAUUUCUACUGUGCUGGGGUCCCUUUCAGGUAUUCACAUUCCUUGACACACUCUGUGAUGUCCAAGCACUGGAUGAGACGCUGUGGUCUCACACUCUCGAUGUAGGAGGUCAAGUUUCAGUGUAUCUGGCCUUUCUCAACAGUGCCCUCAACCCACUGCUGUAUGUCUUCUCAGGGCAGUACUUCAGGAAAAAAGUUUGCGCCAUCUACAGGAGGACUACACGUCAUCGCAGAGGGUCAGAUAUGACCAUAUAUCAACGCUCUGUUGUAUCCACUUACAUUAACAGAGUGGAACAAAUUAAGACUGUGGUCAUUCCUAAUGUAAAGGAUUAGAUGUGAAUCUUACUCAUGAUAUCCCAUCCUCCACUUCCAUUGCUGCUUAGGGGUAAAGUGAUACAAUAUACAGGAUAUGACAGGAUAUUUCAUGAGACUUAAUAUAAUAAUGAUGCUAUUAUAUAGUUAAAGAGCACUAUCAGAGAAUGUUUAUACUAUGCUUUUCAGAAAUUAUGGACACAAACAGACAUAAUGGACAUAAUGUGUAGAAAUAAUGGAAGCAGAUUUCAGUUUCUCUGUCAGUCUCUGUAAUAGCACUUGUGUCAUACUCUGUGGACGCCCAGUAUAUAUUCGAAUUUGUUUGUGAACUGUUACAUGGCCUUAUAAUUACUGACUUUUUAAACAUACACAUCAAAGCCUGGGUUAUCUGAAAUUCUAUCUAGAGUUUGUCUUGUAAUGUCUUUUCUUGUCCAUUCUUUGUCACAUUGAAGGUUAAGGUGAGAGGAUGGCCACGUACAUGUACUUUGUGUACAUUUAGAUUUGGAAUUCACUUCAAAGUAUAUCUUGGCAUGUUAACAAAACAUUUAUUCAGUAGUACAUACAGUGCCUGUGGCAGUCUAUCCUUACAAUAUCUACACUCAUUACUUAAGAUAUUUUUGUGUAUUACUGGAAUAAUUUGUAUUAUCAGUUCAACUGAACAUGUGAUUUGCCAUAAUAAAUGUGAAUGCUGAAUGAA